AUGGCCGACCAUCGGACCUCUUCGGGCUCCUCGCGGCGCUCGAAAACCAGUGACGAUGUUGUCGGCAACUUCGUCAUCGGGUCCGAGAUAGGCAAAGGAAGUUUCGCUCAGGUCUACAUGGGCAAGCACAAGGUCACCGGUGAUGCGGUCGCUAUCAAAUCAGUCGAGCUGGGCCGUCUUAACAAGAAGCUCAAGGAGAACCUGUACAGCGAGAUCAAGAUCCUAAAGGGCCUCCGGCAUCCACAUAUUGUCGCCCUCCACGACUGCCUCGAGUCGACGACCCAUAUCAACCUCAUCAUGGAAUACUGCGAGCUCGGUGAUCUUUCUCUGUUCAUUAAGAAGAGGGAGAAACUCAUCACGCAUCCAGCUACGUGCGACAUGGCCCGCAAAUACCCAAGCGUUCCGAAUGCUGGACUAAACGAGGUCGUGAUUCGUCAUUUCAUGAAACAACUGGCCAGCGCUCUUCAGUUCCUUCGCGAGGGCAACUUCGUACAUCGCGAUGUCAAGCCGCAGAACCUCCUCCUGCUACCUUCAGUCACUUACCGAGAGGCCAACCGAGAUGUUCGACCUAUCCUCAGCGCCAGCCAGGACUCUUUGAUCCCUGCGGUAGGCUUGCGGUCUCUUCCCAUGCUGAAGCUGGCGGAUUUUGGGUUUGCCCGUGUCUUGCCUGCUACCUCACUCGCCGAGACUCUGUGCGGCUCUCCCCUAUACAUGGCGCCUGAGAUCCUGCGUUAUGAACGUUAUGAUGCAAAGGCCGACCUGUGGUCUGUAGGCACAGUCCUCUACGAGAUGGUAUCCGGCAGGCCGCCGUUCCGCGCCAGCAACCACGUGGAACUCCUUAGGAAGAUCGAGAAUGCCGAGGACCAAAUCAAAUUCUCGCGAGACUGCCAAGUCACUGCAGAGACGAAAUCACUAAUUCGGGCACUGCUGAAGCGGAACCCUGUUGAACGGAUGAGCUUUGAGAACUUCUUUGCGCAUCCGGCCAUUACUGGUGACAUUCCUGGCUUGGUCGAAGAUGACGUGCCCCAGGUCAGACGCCAGCCAUCCACAGUCAGCCGCACUCCUCCAAAGACAGAUGAGACACAAGCGAGUCUUAGGAGGCUUUCCAUACAUCGCCGAUAUACAGGAGACCAGGACCCCGGCCGGCAGGACCCAGGCUCGUCCUCGCCACGAGAAAAGCUAAGCCGGCAAUCACCCCGGAUGGCACAUGCUACCGACAGGUAUGACAAUCAAGCUGUCCAUGGCACGUCGUACCAAUCGUCGUCGCCGCGAGACGACAUAGCACCAGGACUAGGCAUCCGGCGACCACAGCCGCCAGCUCCUUCCACAUCUGCACCCAGUCGCCCAGCUCUGAUGGAGGAUCGUCGACGGAGAACUUCGAAUGCUUCCUUAAACCGGUACUCCAGGGACGAACAACCAUCAACAUCGUACUCACCGGAUGGAGUCGGCAGAGCCCGGCCCAAGGCCAACCAGACCUCAUUGGAUGAGAAGGAGAAGACUGCUCAGGAUAUCGCCUUUGAGCGAGACUAUGUCGUCGUGGAGAAGAAGCAUGUAGAGGUCAAUGCGUUUGCAGAUGAGUUGGCCGCGAAAGGAGCACAGCCACAGUCAUUGCGAGCCGGCCAUGUCGUCCGCCGCGCGACUCAGCAAGGUGUUCCGACCUCAACAACGGGUGCUGUUCCAGCGCAACCCUCAAAUGCGUUGCAGAUCGCGCAGGGCAGGCAGCAGGUCGAUCAUUAUCGCAGGGGCUCGUACGAGAAGAGUUUAUCAGGAAGCCCCAGCUCGACAACCUCUGUUAUUUCAAAAGCAAUUCAAGACGCAAGUGUUCGGUUGUUUGGCUUCAAGUACCCUUCUCACCUGCUCGGGAAGGGCGCAUCACCACCACAUCUCUACAGUCCGUUCCCAACAACAUAUCCAACACUCAAUACAACCACUGCCCUGCUCACAGACGGGCGGCUUGGCGGGUUGCUAGACGAAGACGCCAGGGUUGCUCAAUGCAUCGAAGACUAUGCGACGCGCAGUGAUGUUGUCUGGGGCUUUGCCGAGGUCAAGUACAAGCAGCUUGUGCCACUUGCACCCUCGAUGGAGCACGGCCUAGGCGGCACGCCAGCAGAGCAGCUCGGCUCCGAGGAUGAGGAUGGGCUGACGCCUGAAGCUGUGGUUGUGCUUUCAGAGGAGGCGCUUGUGCUGUAUGUUAAAGCACUUUCUCUCCUGGCCAAGUCUAUGGACAUCGCAAGUUCUUGGUGGGGUCGGAAAGCUACGCGCUUCGACAUGGCAGGCUCGCCCACACACUAUGCUGCCCGGGAGGCAGCUGCAGCGCAAAACCUCAUCAACAGGGUCAAUUCGGCCGUGCAGUGGAUCCGGCGCCGCUUCAAUGAGACGCUGGAGAAAGCCGAACUGGUGCGGCUUCGGCUUGUGGAUGCACAGAAGCAGCUUCCCGAGGACCACCCCAGCCAUCCUGACAACCACAAUUUGCCAGCAGACAGCGUCGGUGCUAACUCGACGACUGCGGAUGGCAUUGUGCUGUCGUCUGGCCUAAGUGCCGAGAAGUUGAUGUAUGAGCGAGCUCUGGAGAUGAGUCGCGCCGCAGCAAUCAACGAGAUUGCAAAUGAGGAUCUUGCCGGCUGCGAGAUCUCCUACGUUACAGCCAUUAGAAUGCUGGAGGCAGUCUUGGAUCAUGAAGACUCCCCCAUCGGUGCAAAGCCGCGAACACCCAGCAGUCCCCUGGCUGAGCGCGACUCCAGUCGUGAAGGAGCAUCAGAGAUGAACCAGGAUGACCAGCAAGCUGUUCAAAAGAUGAUUCAAAUGAUAUCUGGCCGUCUUUCGGCGCUCCGCAAGAAGAUGCAGAUGAUUGCGAACGCCUCCAAGGCGCAACAGAGCCUCACCCACCGGCGGAGUGGCGAUGUUACGCCACGAAGUGUCCCCAUGAGCGUCUCGUGA